AACAUUUUCUGAUCAAAUCAAAAUGAUUCAAAACAGUUUCCAUUAAUUCAUUGAUUUGAGUUCAGGAUUAAUUGGAUUGAUAGCAUUGAAAAGCUAACUUCAAAUCAACCAACAGUUGAAUGGUUAAUAAAGGUUUGUCUUGAUCAGGUAAUAGAUAAAGACAAAUCAAGAUUAAUUUACUUCAGCCUAUAGCCAUUCAAUGUCAGAUCAAUCUAGAGGCAAUCAAAUUACCUUCAGUAAAAAAUUUGUUUCAAUCUUGAAGCAAAUUUUUCCGUUUGAGUUAAUUCAAGUCAGCUGAUUAGAAUGGUAUAAAAGUAAUUAAGACUGAUUUAGAUGAUCAGUUGAUCAACGUAAUAUCUCCCACUAACUAUUAAAAUCAUGUGUGUUUAACUCUGUAAGCAAAAAUAUGACCCCCUAAAUGUUAUUGUUAACCAACACUUAUAAUUUUAUUGAUAUUUCAAUUUUUUAUGAUUCUCAUCAUUCAUUAUCAGAAAUCAAUGCGGCUCUAGAUUGAUCAGAUUGCUGUUUACAUGGGAAAGCUAAUUAGCUAUCAAUUUACACUAACAUUAUCGUCACAAACCGGUUAAACCAAUUAACAACCUUCAUUUUAUCAACCAACAUCUGAUAAUCUGAUUUGUUUUUCUUAUCAAAUAGGGAUUCCCAUGAUUAUUUUAUUGUUUGUCGCUCCAUUUGGUAUUUUUACUUUGACACAAAACAUCAAGCUCUUCAGUUGAUCAGAUAAUGUUGUUGAAGUUGAUUUGAUAAUAAGCAAAUUUCAAAUUCUAACUCAAUAUAUUCCACAGUUCAAUAAUAACAACCACUUGAAAUAGCCAUUUUAGCUUAGGUUGGGUCUAUUUUCAUCUUUGAACUUACUUUCAGUUGUAAUACGAUCAUUGUUUAGAUUAAGCUGAUAAUAUAAUUAGUUUAUUGGUUUAUUUAGUUUGAUGAUCACUUGUAAAUUAGACCAAAUUGGCUGAAGUUGGUUGAUCAAAAAAUUGAAAGGAUCCAUAAUUUGAAGAAACAAUCAACAUCUGGUUAUACGAGUAGCGCUAUCCUAAACAGUGGCAAAAUAUGAUUGAACUUGAUUGUUUAGUGAAAAAUGACGAAUGGGGUAAACUAGGUUCAUCGUCUUUUGUUGGUCAGUUGCUGAAAUGUCAAAGAAGAACGGUCAACGAAACAACUCCAUAUGCAGCGUUAUGGAUGGGAGUUCAUCAAUCUGGACCGUCAAAAGUUAUCGGGUUAUCACCUGAUUUUGAUUCAAAGCCAAUUGACUCUCUCUUAAAAGCUUGGCCUGAGUUUAUUGGAAACAUUGAUAUUGCCGCUAAAUAUGGCUUUAACUUACCAAUCUUGGUUAAAAUACUUUCGAUUGGACAUUCAUUGCCACUCCAGAUUAAUUUAAGCACAAACAGUGGUUCCAAAUCUUGCAAGAUUAUCCUCGCCUUAACUCCAUCAUCAUUACUGUGUGGAUUCAGACCUCACAACGAGAUAAUUAACAACCUAAAAAAUUUUCAAGACUUGCGGUUAUUGAUAAACAGCUCUACUCUUACAAAGUACAUUCAAAGCGUAUCCGGAACGCAGGUUGAAUCUUCUCAAUCAAAUGUCUAUCUAAUGCAGUGUUUCAAUGAAGCCAUCAGUAAUUGUCAAGCUCAGAAGUCUAUAGGUAAAGCUUUACUGGAAUCAAGUGAAGCAAUUGAAAGUACAAAGAUCAAUAUAAUUUUGAAAAGCCUGUCAGACAAAGGUCUUGAUACCAAAAGUUUGGUGUCUUUAUUUUUCCUCAACUACGUCAAUUUGAAUUGUGAUCAAGCUGUCAUCAUUGAAGCUAAUCAAGUUCAUAUGCUCCUUGAUGGAAACUACCUUGAAGUGUCCAAUCCAAAUGAUAAAGUGAUUAGUUCUGAAACAACCUUGGAAAACAUAAGUGCAUCGAUUUGUGUCACGCAAGACUCACCAAAAAUCGUAAAUCCUACGUCUGUGGAUGACUGUUCAUACGUUUACUCACCCGAAUCAAGCGACUGGACUGUUGAACUAAUAAAUGCCAAUCAGUACAAUGAACUUUCAUGUCCCAUUUACCAAGCAUCGCCAACCUCCUCUGGUUCCUUCAUCUUGUUCCUGGGUCCUACAGAGGCAAUAGUCAAUAACGUUUACCGCCUCAAACCAGGUCAAAUAUUUUUUGUUCCUCCAGGCUUACCAUUGCGAUUCACCCAAUUGAGAGGAGCUUUCAGAUUAUUCCGUAUUUCACUGAAAUCUUGAAUGGCAAAAAGUGACUAGACAUCAAUUUUUUUACUAUUGUUCCUAUUAUUAUUUGUUAUAUUUUAUCUCUAACAAUUUAUUCGUUGUAUAUUUUGGACUGCUCUUUGAAUUGAUAAAUUGUUAUCAUUGUAACGGAUUCUAUUAUCAUUUCAAACUAGACAAUAAACACGAGCAAACAAAAGUGUUUUAUUAUCAAAUUUAAUAAUAUUCUUGGUAAUUUGAUCAGUACACUUUUAAGUAAAUACUCGGUUCUUUUUUAUCAAUUCAAUUUAUUUUGAUUAUACAAUUGAUAAUCUUCAAGUUUAAAAGUUAAUGGAUGACAUUUUCACAUUUUUACCCCAAAAUUGAAAUAAUUAUACUCUUUAACUUUUUCUUCUAGUCCUUUCCAGUGUAAAACUUACCAUGUCCGGGUUUAUGAGGCUCCCAAUGAAUCAUGGAUUCACCAGUUUCAGAUGAAAUAUCGUUACACCCAGUCGACCUCAGAUUAAUCGAUAAAGUUGUCAACUUAAUCAUCUGGCAAGAAAAUUGUGAUGACAAUCAGUUAACUCCAAAUGUUACAUUAAUUACAAGCUUGCUAUUUGCUAAUCCGGUUUUACCUUAACUACUAUCUUCAUCAUCGAUUUUAUUGAGAGUUUCAUGUUCCUGGUUAAGAUUGGAUUCCAUUGAUACCAACUGUUUGAUGCAGAAUAUUUUGCAUCAUAAUACAAUUAGUGUUAAUUUUUCGCAUCUAUUUUCAUUAUUCAACAGACUAAUGUUAAAUCAUGUUAAUCAUUCACCGGAUUAAACUCAUCAUAUUGUGCAUAAUCUAUUUUUCAACUGGUUUUGCAAGAGGAAGACCCGAUGGACAAGUUAACCACGAUAAUGAAGACAAAGUUGGCGGUAAUCAUGACGGUGAUAGUGAUAUUGACAUGGAUCUGAUUAAUUUCAGUGGAAUAAGGAAAAAUGAUGAACAUACGAGACACAUUCUAGCCAAUUUAAUGGAUCCAAAUCCAGUUGAUCCAAGUCACAAUGGGUCUUUGAUUAUAUCUGAGCGUUUAAUUGCAAAAGAAAUGACUGGUUUAACCAAUAGAUCUCAGGCCAAUUUAAUAUCAACCACAACACCUUCAAGUCCAGAUGAAUUGACCAAUUUUUACGCUGAAUCAGGAUCCAUUAAAGGAGCUGAUAUUGAAAUGAUGAAGAAAACAUUGGUUAAACUAUUUUCAAAAGCUCGUAGUCAUGAAGCAAAUAUAACCCACAAGGAAUUGAUUAGGAGUAAAAUAUUGGACAGGUUAUCCUUGUUUACCAGUGAAACGUUUUGCCAAGAGUUCACUGGUAGAGACAAAAAUGGAGCAAUUGUGAAAGGUGUUAACAUUAUCGGAAUACUUCCAGGUCGUUUACGAGGUGAACAUGGUGAAGGUGUCAUGGUUAUAGGAGCUCAUUAUGAUACUGUUGCAACAUGUCCAGGAAUGGAUGACAAUGGAUCAGGAGCAAUGGCAGUUCUUGAAAGUGCAAGAAUACUUUCCUCUAAAAUGGGUGAUCUCAAUCAUACAAUUAUUUUUGUCACCUUUGAUCUAGAAGAGCUCGGAGCUCUUGGCAGCAUCGCCUUUGUCAACAAUUAUCUAAUCCCGAAGGUUCUCAAUUCAAACAAUGUCAAAUUUUUGGGUGCUUAUAUUAUGGACAUGAUUCUCAAUUAUGACCCUUCAGUCAACGCUCAAGUAUUACCGAGAGAUAUUUCAAGAGCUGCACCAGAAGCUGCUGAUUGGGUUCGUCGAAAUAAUAAUAUGGGUGAUUUUGUUGCCAUUUGGACACGAAGGAAAGUUGAUUGGCAUCUCUGGUAUACAUUUGAACAAUCCUUCAAUGAGUUAACUGUGCCACCGGCUAAUCACAAAAUUCUGGUUAUUGAUCCACCGAUUCCUCGAACACCCAUUCUCUUUGAUAAUUAUUUGUAUCGUAAUUUCAUGAGAAGUGACCAUGCAUCAUUCUGGAAUCACAAGAGCCGAGCUUAUAAAGAGACUCUACAUGCAGUCCUCAUUACAGAUAUGGGUCCAUGGAGAGGUGUACAAAGAGCUUGCUAUCACGAAUUUUGUGACGAUGAAAGUCAACUAACUACUUACAAUUUAGAGUUUGUCAAACAUAUCAUCGAUGCUUUGGUUCGCACUGUUGUUACGUUCACUUCUUAACCUACAAUAAUCUUGGGAAUCCAUCACAGUAUCUAACAUUCAUAUAAGGCUAAAUUAAAUUAUUUAAUCGACUAAAUUCAACCAAUGCUGAGAAUCAGCAAAGCAAAUGACUUGCUAAGCAACAUUUGGUCAUUGUUUUUCCCCAAAUACUUACUAAUUAUUAAAGUCAUUUUGGAAUUUUGGA